AUGAGACCUCUUCCUUCUGUCAUUGCGUUUCUUCUUUUCACAUCCUCUCUCUUGAUUUUCUUCUUUGUGCAAUUCUCAGUGCAGGAUUACACUCUUUGUUGUUAUCCGUUUGAAUAUUCCCACAAACGAUACUGCCCUCAAGUCGAUUCUCAAAUAUACUAUAAAAGCAAUUAUUCUGAAGUAUAUACCAUGUUUGCACAGAGAGAUGUGACUCAUCAACGAGCUCGGUAUGAUGUCUAUGAUUAUUUCAAAAAUGGACAACAAAGAGAUUCUUACACAACUGUCGUGUUUAGAAGUCAAGUCGACAAAAUGGCCUACGUCUUUACCAAUACUUCAAGUAGUUGCACUUGCUACAAGUUCAAUCCUACGGGACCUGUCGUUUCGGAGCAUUGUGUAGAGGUCUAUGAUGACUCGGUGGUCAAUAAGACUCAACUGGGUGGAAUUCCAAUGACUCGUGUAAUGAACAAUGACAAGUAUGUUGAGAGCAAUCUCUUGGAGGAAUAUCAUGUCUAUGCAACAGAUACUGGACUGGGUGACCAUACGUGUUGGGUCUUUUUGGAAACAUUUUUCAUAACAUCAACCAGUUCAGACGAUACAACUCGAUUCAGUGCCAUCCAGAGUUAUUAUGAUCAAUCUCCAAAGGUGGAUCCUAAUGCAUUUGGAGUGGAUGUGAAAUGUCCUCCACCAGAAAAAUGUGACUUAAUUCAGGAAAAUUCUGCAGUGUUGUUGGAAUUGAAGAAAUUGGAGCAUGGUCAUGUAUAUAGAGAAAGAAGCAGGAAGAGAAAUUAA